AUGAGUGCAAGACAAUUAAAGAAGAUAGGAGGUAGAAGUCUAGAAGAUGAAUUAAAAAGAUUAGAUAUUGAUGUGGAUGAAGAAAUGGGAAAAAGUAAGUCACCAGAAAAUGAGUCAGAAGAGGAAGAAGAACCUGUAAAUAAACCAAAAUUUAAUGCAUUUGCUUUAUUAAAUGGAGAAGAUGAUGAUGAAGGUGAUGAAUAUGAAGAAGAGGAAAAUGAAGAACCCACAACCAAAGAAGAAUCAGACAAAGUGCCAACCCCUCCUGUAAAUUUAUUAUCUAAGAAGUCUAAAAAGAAGAAGAAGAAGUCAAAGCAGAAUAAAAAGACACCAGAACCAGAGAUAAUCGACGAGGGAAAUGAAGAAGAUGACGGGGAGUUAGAUAGAAUACUAGCAGAAGUGAGAGCCAAAGAAUCCAAACAAAAUCAAUCCACCAAUCAGUCCAACAAUCUCGAUUCAUAUAAUUUUGAAGAAGAAUAUGAUGAAUUGACAGAAUCAAUGGGAUUUUAUGAUUCAAAUUUCAAAAAUUUCACAACAUCAGCAUUAAAGCAAUCUUUACCAUUAUUAUCAAUUAAUUCUAUUAAAAAUCUAGAUCCAGAUCAAGAAUACAAGAAUUUAUUUGGGAAAUCUUUAUCAAUAGAAUUAAUAGAAGAUGCAAAUUCAACAACAUCGUUAGCUAUAUCACCAGAAAUACUAGCUCAGUUUAAAAAAAUGAGUAAAAUGAUUAGAAAUUGGGGUGGUAAAGAUCGUAGAAACAUUCCUGGAACUUCAAGAAAAUUAUUAUUAUCCAAGAUUAGAGAUGAUUGGUUACCUACUCAAUUAAAAAGUGUAACAAUGGAAGAAUUAUCUAAGCAAGAUAUUAUAGAGAUUUACAAAUACAAGGAAGAAGAUGUUGAAGAAGAAGAUAUUGUACAUAAAGUUACAAAUGAAUUAUCUUUAGGUGUAAAAUAUUUUAAAUUUAAUAAGGUUUCAGAUACGAAAAGUAAAGUAGCAAAUACAAGAUUUUAUGUAUCAACAGUUUUAACACCAGAUCCAGAAUCAUUAAUGCAAUUACUACAACAACAUCCAUAUCAUCAAGAAACUUUAUUACAAGUUGCAAUGGUAUUACUUCGACAAGGUGAUAAUAAGGCUACAUCAAAUGCUUUGAUUGAAAGAGCUUUGUUUACAUUUGAUAGAAGUUUUCAUAGAGUAUUUCAUGAAUUGAUGUCAUCUGCAACUAAUGGAUUAAUACGAUUACCUUAUGAAUUUUUUGCAAAUAGACAAUUUUAUUUGAAUUUGUUUAGAUACAUUGUUUCAUUAGGCGAACGAUCAUUAUUUUUUACAGCUUGUACAUAUUGUAAAUUUUUGUUAAGUUUGUCACCAUGUGAAGAUCCGAUGGGAGUAAGAUAUUUUAUUGAUUUUUAUUGUAUAAUGAGUGAGGAAUACGAAUAUUUAGUUGAAUUGAGAAACUCGCCACUAGUUACAUCAUAUACGAGAUGGUACACUCCGGGCAUUGCGUUUUCUACCGUACUUGCAUAUUUAAAAGUAAAUAAACAACAACAAGCAAUUGAAGAAUUGAAAAAAGCAUACGAAGCAUACCCGUAUGUUGCAUUUAAAUUAUUAACAGAAGUUGGAUUAUCAAAUGAAUCAAAUUUGAAAGAAUCAGAUUUCAAAACUAAUCAUGAAGAAUUAGUAGCAUCAGAAACUUAUUUAAUAAGAGCAAAAUUAUUAUGGCAACAAAAUCUUGAAUUUUUAAGUUCAAAUUUAGAAAAAUUAUUUUCAACAAGAACCAAAAAAUCAGCCAGUCAGGGUUAUGCACAAUCAUUAUUUGGAUUUUUAAAUUUUGGUAAAUCAAAUAAUAAUAAGGAGCUGAAUGAAGUACCUUUAAAUCUUAUAAGAUUUGCUAUAUUAUCUGGUGAGAACAAGAUAAUGGCAAAAUUACCAACCAAUAUAUGGAAUAGAGAUGAUAUUUUAGAAUAUGAUGUAUUACCCCCAACUGAAAAAACCGAGCAAGAGUUAUUUAUAGAUACUUCACUGAAACAACCAAAACAUAUAUGUGAUACAUUGAUGAAUUAUGUUGAUCAAAAUCUUUUAGGUGAGUUAGUUCAACGAAAUACUAGAGGUGUUGGUGAUGGUUUAAAUCCUGAAGAAGCUAAUAUGAUUCAGCAAAUAUUGAGAGAUACUGAAGGGGUUAAUUUGAAUCUUGCAGAAGCUGAUAGAGAAAGAUUAAAUCGUAUGCUCACGCAAAUAGUUGCUGAAGACGAAGCAGCAACUCAAGGGGAAGACGUGGAAUAA